CGAUCAGCGGUUCAUUUUUCUACUCUCCGUAUGACUCCUCGCAGUCAGCCGUUCAGCACUUCAGCGCCUCAACCCUUCUUGCUCAGCCCCGUUCAGCGCCGAUUGAUCGUCGUCUCCAGCAACCGUGUGCCGCCGUACCGCCUCCGCUGGUACGCAAGAGGCAAUUCCCUCUCCGGAUCCUGCGCUCCGAGCUUCCAAUUUUGACAGAAGAAGCAAAGAAUAGAAGAGGCAUAGUGUUCAUGUCCAAAUCUUCCUAAGAGAAUAUGGAAUAGUUGGGAAGAAGACAUUCAUAAGGUAGUCCUUGUGUUGCUCUCUCAUCGGUGACAAGUUCAAAGCACCUACUCCUUAGGCUUCAAAUAAAAUCGUCUCUUAAUUAAGGGUCCGGGCGGGCAUCGCUCCCAUCGGCAACAUAUUUGUGGUGAUAGCUUGCUACUUUGGAAGUAGAUAUAAGAAAAGCAUCAUCCUUCAGAAUGAGUGCAGGGGGGGCAUUUGGUGGAAAUAGAGGAUUGAGACCUGUCCCACCAGAAAAGGGAGUAUUUCCGUUGGACCACUUGCAUUUAUGCGAUUCGGAGAAGAAAGAGUACCUUAGCUGUCUUAAAACAUGCGGACAUCAAUCUGAAAAGUGUAGACAGUUCUCCAAGAAGUAUCUGAAAUGCCGAAUGGAGAGAAACCUGAUGGCAAAGCAAGACUUGUCUGAGCUCGGAUUCGGAAAGCAACAUGAUGCAGCAGAAACCCUUUCUUCUGAGGAGGGUAAGGAUCCGAGGAUAGAAAAAUGAAGAACCUUACAUUGCAUCAUUAGCUUCUUCAUUUCGGGGAUUAGUUUGCUUAUGCUCUGUAAUUCUUGGGUUAGUCUUGAAUUAAGUUUUGCAUAAUAGAUCACUCCAAGUUUGCACCCACAGAUCUUAUAAAACUUGCUCUUAAGAUAAUCUAUCAGAUCCUAUGAAAAUGAUCCUUUAUUCCUUUUUUUGGUGUCCUGCAACUUUUCUGCAGCUCUUGCCUUUGCAUAGUAAUGAGAAAGAACAAUGCUCAAAUACAAAGUGUAUGUGAUAUGCAUUGCUUAUAGACAGACUUAUAAUAAUUUUUUUGGGCAUUU